AUGGAAUGCGGAAACAUGGGGCUGUUCGACCGCGGAGUCCAGAUGCUGCUGACCACGGUGGGAGCCUUCGCGGCCUUCAGCCUCAUGACCAUCGCGGUCGGCACGGACUACUGGCUGUACUCCCGCGGCGUCUGCAAGACAAAGUCCAUGAGCGAGAACGAGACCAGCAAGAAGAACGAGGAGGUGAUGACCCACUCGGGCCUGUGGAGGACGUGCUGCUUGGAAGGCAACUUCAAAGGGAUGUGUAAACAGAUAGACCACUUUCCAGAGGAAACAGAUUAUGAAGCAGACCCAUCCGAGUACUUCUUACGUGCGGUGCGAGCCUCCAGCAUCUUCCCCAUCCUCAGCGUCAUCCUGCUCUUCAUGGGAGGCCUGUGUAUAGCUGCCAGUGAGUUCUACAAGUCACGCCACAACAUCAUCCUCAGUGCAGGGAUCUUCUUUGUGUCUGCAGGCCUGAGCAACAUCAUCGGGAUCAUCGUGUACAUAUCAGCCAACGCGGGGGACCCUUCAAAAAGCGACUCGAAGAAGAACAGCUACUCUUACGGCUGGUCCUUCUACUUCGGUGCCCUCUCUUUCAUCAUGGCUGAGAUGGUGGGCGUCUUGGCCGUGCACAUGUUCAUCGACCGCCAUCGACAGCUGCGAAUAGGGGCACGCGCAGCCGACUACCUCCAAGGCUCGGCCAUAACGCGGAUCCCUAGCUACCGCUACCGCUACAGGCGCCGCUCGCGCUCCUCCUCCCGCUCCACAGACCCAUCACAUUCUCGCGACACCUCGCCAGUGGGCCUCAAGGGCUUCAGCGCGCUGCCAUCCACGGAGAUCUCCAUGUACACGCUCCCCCGGGACACCCUCAAGUCCUCCGGCACGCCCACCGCCACCUACAACUCUGAGAGGGACCACAACUUCCUGCAAGUCCACAACUGCAUCCAGAAGGACCUGAAAGACUCGAGCCACACCAACACAGCGAACCGCCGCACCACGCCUGUAUGA